AUGUCGCCUAGCAACUCUCCACCGAUUCAUCCAACCCGUCCCUCUCACCAGUCGGAUGAGCUGAUGAAUGAUCCUAACUCGCCGAUUGUCCGAGCACAGUCCGGUCAAGGUCCAUCUGACGAGUCAUCGGCCGAGGCAGCUCAGUCCGUUGCCGAGUACCUCACCGAUACAUCUAACUACCAUCACGAUCUGCUCUACGAUCUCUUCGAGGUCGUGCGAUCGACCGUUCCCACCCAUGCAGAGGCACUGCUCGACCUCAUUCGCAACCACGCCUCCAUAGAAGAAGUUCGUGCCUACCUGGACCGGACCCUAGUCGAGAUGCGCGCGGCAGGGAAGGAUCCCCACGCGCUGCAGCAGCUGUACGGUAUCUGGCAAGGCAUCGAGGUCGAAAGCGACGCACCCAAGUUCCGCCCCAUGAUGAUGGAUAUCCGAUAUUUGACUGGAAAUGCUCCCUUUCGUGUUCCUGCGAAACCCUGGACCAGUGUCACGGACGACGACGAUCUCGUAUCUCAUCUAGUCUCACUCUAUCUAACAUGGGACUAUCCAUUCUUUGCGUUCAUGGACCGCAAGUCUUUUCUGAAGCAUAUGGCGCUGGGGAAUACCGAGUCGGACUUUUGCAGUCCAUUUUUGGUCAAUGCGCUGCUCGCCAACGCAUGUUAUUAUUCACCAUAUUCUGAGGCAUAUACGGUUCCUGGGGAUGUGAAGACGAAAGGCGCCGACUUCCUAGCGGAAGCGGAGCGCCACAUGAAACGUCACCAAUUUGAAAGAGGUAAUGAUAUUCGACUACCGACCCUGCAGGCGAUUCUACUUCUUUAUGAGAGAUACUCUGUUUCGGGCAAUGGUGAUCAUGGUUAUGCCAUGCUGCACCGUGCCAUUGAAAUGGCGGAGUCGCUCGGUAUCAUCAACCAUAAAAAACGAGAGCUGAAGACCUCGCAGAUGUCGGAAGACAUGGUCAUCUCCAUCAAGCGGACCGCUUGGGGUCUGUAUCAGAUUGAUACGGUUGUUCACACGAACUUCCUCAAGCCGAGUCGUGUGAAUUCAGUAAGCAUUGAGCGGAUUGCUCGGGAUGACGCAGGUGCGGGAGAUUUGUGGACGCCUUACCCGCUGGCUCGCCCACCUCGGCUAUCGUACUUAAGUCAAUACUUUGAUGACGCAUGCCAGCUAUCUGAUAUAGCUCGGGACAUCUCGCGAAGUCUAUCCAAGACUGGAGACUCGGGUCCUGGUUACAAUAUGCGUAAGCGGGAGCUUUAUCUGCGCCUCCGCAAAUGGGAGCGAGGACUUCCGCCAUGCUUCGAUCCGGCUGAGAAGCCCGCUCCGCAUAUCAUUCUGCUCAGGAUGCGAUAUCACACACUAGUCAUAAACCUCUGUUUCGAUGCUCUAGGUCCCAAUGCACGGUUGUCCCGUUACAAUCAGAUCGCGAAUACCGAUCAGCAAUUCAAUCCGUUUGACAUUGCCAUCUCAUCGGCACGGUCUAUUGCAUCUCUGACCCGGCUGCAGCGGACUGAAUAUGGGAUGGAACACGCCCAUCAGUUCGCCAUGUACUCCGUGAAUCUUGCGCUUUUUGCCCUUCUGGAGCAGCAGAACUUCGACAUCUUGGACCAUGACUUUUUGGCUUUGACCAGUGCAUUCUCGAUUGUCGCAUGCCGGUCACAGGUGGGCCGGAAUAUGUUCCAUGUAUUUAAACUUUCCGUGCGCUCGCGCAAUCAGGGAUCGAGAGUCGCACACUCAUCGGAUGUACCGCCCGGCAUUAAGGAGCUAUUCCGCCAGAACUCGGAGUCACAAAAGCCUGAUAGAUGGGACCACUACGCGGAGGGGUUGACCCAGGCUGACGGUGAGUCCAGCUACGUUGAUGGCAUGGGAAGCAAUGUGCAGUCGUCGGCGGCGUCCGGCAUGCACGAUAUGCUUGAAAAAUAUGAGCGACUGAGUGUGGGGAAGGAGGAGAUAUGGCGGGCGCCUUCUCGCAACGGUACAUUUUGA